AUGGCAGACAAGAUGCAUUUAGAUUGGUCUGAGAAAAUGAAAGGAACUGUCAUAGGUAUUGAUUUCGAAACUAGCAACACCAAUGUGGCUGUAGUGGUAGGAAAACAAGCAAAGGUCCUUAAAAAUGCAGAGGGUGCUCGAACAGCCCCAUCUGUCAUUGCUUUUACUGCUGAUGGGAAGAUAUUGGCUGGGAUGGAAGCAAAACGUCAGGCAGUAACCAAUCCCAGUAGUACAAUUUAUGGUACACCACUUCUGAUGGGACGUCGCUUUGAUGAUCCAGUUGUUCAAAAAGAAAUGAUAAACUUCACUGUUACAGCUGCAGUCAGGGCAGUUUAUGGAAUGGUCCGUAAGGAUGACAGUGUAGCUGUGACCCGCUGGGCUGGCUGA